AUGAGGAGACCGAGGCUCAGCCAUGAGGGUGGCGAGCAGGUGCCUCCUGGGCAGUGGGUGGUGGGUGGACGGCAGUCGCCUCCUGAGGCUGUGGCCAGGCUCAGCCGGGCGGAUGCAGGGAACGUCCUACGCCUGCUGGCUCCCGACAUCGGGAUGGCCCUGCUGGGCCUGGUCAUCUCCACACUGAGCCACAAGCUGGUGCGGCCUCCUGGGAACAUGGCGUCUUCCUGUUCCAACACCUUGGGCCACGGGGCACAAGAGGUGGGUGGAGAAGAGGAGGAGGAUGCAAAGACUCGUGACAGCGACUCCGAGGACGAUGUCGCCAGCUCUCGCUCAGAGGACAGUGCUGAACCUGCUGCGGAGGCCACAGGCACAAGCAGGGACUGUGUCCCAAAAGUCACCGCCUUUGUCUUGGGCUUGAAAGCCGCCAUGGAGCCCUUUUCCUCCUCCAUGGGGAAGGUCCUGGUGACCCUUCUCCUGGGCUUGGCAGGGAUGGUGGUGCCUUCCCUGCCCUCGGCCGUGUACUUCGGGGCCUUCCUAGGCCUGGGCUCCUGGUGGGCUUGCGGUCAGGCUCUGAGCGCCAUGGCCUUCAGCAUGCUCUGUGUCUUCAUGGCCGUCUUCACCGCUGGCCACCUGACGAGCCUGUACCUCUACCAGCUGCCCUUCCUCCAGAACCUCGUGCCUCCCAACGACAUCUAUGCCAGGCUGCUGGGCAUGACUGCUCUCACCAGGACCAACCGCACAGAGCCCUGGAGGCUCCUCCUCCAGCCAGACUCCGACUGGCCAGAGAUGGUGCACCCUCUGAUUCUGCUGCUAUCCUACUACACGCUGGUCCUCCUGCUACCACAGUGGGCUCCACAGUCUGGGAAACAGGAAGAGGAGGUGGAGGUGCUGUCUGCGGAGCCAGGCGGCAGAAGUGCAGGCCUGGGGCUGCGCUCUGUGCUGUGUGUGUCGGGCUGCGUGGGAGACCAGGGGAGGCGUCCUCACAGGUGUACGCACCUCCAUGUGCCACGGCGGCUGCAGGUGUCUCUUACAGACAGCAGGAUGAUGACGGUAAGGUCCUUCCUGAAGGGCAGCGGCCAGGAACUGCCCGCUGUGCACCAUGAGCAGCGCCAGGGGCAGAGCACGGGCCCGGACGCACCACCUCCCUGUGGGCCGGAGCGGAGGAUCACCUUCCCAGGACCCACUGGCGCCCCCACGGAGUCAGCGGUCCCAGGCUCGGGGCCAAGCAGCGUCUGGGUCGUGGGCCACCUGGCCACGAGACACAGCUAUGUCACUGCACCGAUAGCCAUGAUGGUGUGGAGCGUCACCCACACCAGCUGGCUGGGUUUCAUCCUUCUACUCUGGGCCUGUGUCAUCUGGAUGGUCCGAGACCGCCGCCACCUGGCCCUGUUCAGCGCGCCCUGCCUGGUCCUCUACGCCGACCUCCUCGUCCUCCUCACGUUUGUCGUGGGGCUCCGCCUGUCACCGGAUGAGCUGUUUCCGGGCGUCCCUGACUGGCUCCUUGUUGACCUGGACCUCAUGCCCUACCCCCGGCCAUGCCUCCACCUUUGUGCCAAGAGUCUCUACACAUCCGUGUUCUGGUCGCUGCUGCGGCAGAAGGUCCUGGAGAGGCGGGGGCUGGUGGCAGCUGAGGACCAGGGCCAGAGGGAAGACUGUGGUGAAGCAAGUGGCCUGGUGUGGCCGGGCAGCACCCUCCUGGACACCCUUGGCUCCUUCCUCAAGGGCCUCCUGGCCAAGUACUGGAUCUUUGUCUGCACGGCCAUGUUCUUCCUCGUCAGCUUCCGCGGCAAGGUGGUGGCCUACAAGGUCAUCUAUGUGACUCUCUUCCUAUCCUGGGUGGCCUUGUACCAGAUGCACUACGAGUCCUGGCGUCGGAUCCUGAAGCCCUUCUGGGUGGUCAUGGUGUCUUACUCGAUGGUGGUCCUAGUAGCUGUCUACACGUACCAGUUUCAGAGUAUGGCUGGAUUUUUCAACAAGACGCUGGGGUUGUCUGAAGAGGGGCUGGGGGAGGUGGGCCUGCAGCGGUUCGACACCGCGGAGCUGUUCGCCGAGACCACGCUGCCUGCUGUGUUUCUGCUGCUGUGCAUCCUCCAGCUUCAUUACUUCCACGAAGACUUCCUGGAGACCACCAGCCUACAAAGUGCCCCGGGGCAGCGGAGGGACACACCUGGCAGGCUGGGGGAGGUGGGCCUGCAGCGGUUCGACACCGCGGAGCUGUUCGCCGAGACCACGCUGCCUGCUGUGUUUCUGCUGCUGUGCAUCCUCCAGCUUCAUUACUUCCACGAAGACUUCCUGGAGACCACCAGCCUACAAAGUGCCCCGGGGCAGCGGAGGGACACACCUGGCAGGGACUAUGAAACGCUCUUUUUUGUCAACAUCAUGAGGUUUGCUUUUGGCUUCUACCCUGUUUUGUUCACACCCGGGAGGAAGAGGCAGGGGGAGACGGGCAUCCUUCCCAAGGCCUCGCGCCAUGGUCCUCCCCCAGCCUCCCAGGCAGCCAGGGUAGCAGGCCCGUGCCAGGCCUGUGCAGCUGCACCUGAGAGCUGGCCCCUGGCCUCUCAUGGGGACCCCGCACUCAGCAUGUCAGAAAGGCCUUCUUUUCCCCCAGACGAGGAAACCAGUGAUCGAGACUCAACAGCUGACAAGCUGACCAUGGGUUUUCUGAAGCUUCUAGAACUGGUGAAGGAAGCUCCAGGUCCCCUGUGGGGCGUUCUGGAGACCCACAUGGUGAAGCUCGUGUCCUUGGUGGUCAUCUGGCUCACACUGCAGGAGGUCUCUCUGAUGAACUCCGUCUUCUAUGUCCUGUGGGUCGUGUCCCUGCCCUGCUCCACCCUACGGCCCUACGCCUCCUGUGUCUCCACGGCCUGGGCCUGUGUGGUGGUCUUCUGCAAGACCGUGUUCCAGCUGCAGAGAGCUGCGCCCACCACCCUGUCUUCAAGCUGCUUGGAGGUAUGGCAAGGAAACAGGACACAUCCCCCAGCCAAGCUCGCCGGACAGUCAGCCCUCCACGUGCAGCCGGCGGACCUGGCACGGUGGCUCGGGUUCAGGAAGUGCGAUGGCGUGGUGCUGCCUUGUCUGCAGAACCAGCUCGCCAUCCUAGCCCUCAUGACCUUGGAGGUGACAGUGAGCCGCCAUCAAAGGUUCUGCCGGCUUCAGACCCAGCUGGCAGAGCCCCCCACUGGCGCCGUCACUGACACCAUCACUCGGGCCCAUCUUGACCACGGGCUGAAGCGUGCGCUGCAGUAUUUCGUCAACUAUGGAUUCUACAAGUUUGGGCUGGAGCUGUGUUUCGUGGCCGCCCUCAACGCCAUAGGGCAGCGCAUGGAUCUCUACGCACUCGUCCACGCCAUCUGCUUGAUUUAUUUGCUGAAUCUUCGGCGGAGAAAAGCGAUCGCUGAGGCCUGGCCCAGAUACUGCGGUUUCCUCAUCAGUAUUAUGGUCUUGCAGUAUUUCCUGUGCCUCGGGCUGCCUCCCGCCUUCUGCAGGGAUUACCCAUGGAGAACCACAAGUACAGGAAUACAUGCAAAUUUCAUUAAGUGGUUGUAUCUCCCAGACUUUGCCAAAACGCCGGAUGCCAAUUUGUUACUCUUUGACUUCCUGCUCCUCCUCGUGGCCUCCCUGCAGUGGCAAGUGUUUGUGGACGAGAACAGAGCCUCGGUGAGGGUGCUGGCAGGGGACAACGUGGAGGUCGGCAGACAGCUGAGGCCAGAGGACCUUGCCCAGCUCAGCCCUGUCCCCAAUUUCAUCUUCUGCCGGUCCUACUUAGACUUGGCCAAAGUCGCUGUUUUUCGGUAUCAUUUCUGGUUUGUGCUUUGCCUGGUUUUUCUCACGGGAACGACGCGCAUCAGCAUCUGGGGGGCAGGGUACCUGGUGGCCUUUGGAUACUUCAUGCUACAUGGACACCGCCUUCUCUUGAGGCCUGUCAAGUUCAUCCUCAAGCCCCUGGACCGGCUGAUCGCCUACUCAGUGCUGGUGGUUGCUGUGAAGACCGCGCUUUCGGUCGGCGCGUGUGUGUACCUGGAGGCCCUGCUUGUCUCACACUGCUGGCUGGUGCACAGUCUGGGCUUGUACUGCACGGUGGAAGGCUAUCGGCGAGCCAUCCCGGAGGAUGAGCCCUGCGAGCCCCCCAAGAAGGAGGCGGGGAUCCUCUGGGACGCAGUGUGUUUCACCUUUCUGCUGCUCCAGCGGCGGGUCUUCCUGAGUUACUACCACCUGUUUGUGGUCGCUGACCUGGAGGCCACCGAAGCCCUAGCUGGCAGAGGACGGGCUGGGCUCAAAGAGGGUCCUCUCUGGGCUGCCCAGCUCCCCGCACUGUCUUCUCAGCACAUGCUGCCUGGGCCCAAGGUUCAGCAACUCCCUGGAGGCACCUUCGACUGCAUUUUGACACUGUGGAGGGAAGGACUGACGCAGCGCCACAGGCCCCCCGCCAUCCCUUACAGCGGUGAGGACUGUAUUCCAGAACCUGGGGGUGCCGAGCUGUUGGCGCUGUCCCUGCGCGAGGCCCUGGAGCGCCGUGAGGAGGUCGAGAAGAAGUCCCAGCUGGCCGCCCUGAGACAGUUAAUGACCCAGGAUGGCAGCUAUAGCCUCUUUGAGACCGACAGUGAAGAAGAGGAAGAGCCAGAAGGAGGCACUGAGGCAGGAAUGGGCGACAGUCAGCCAAAGCCCAGCACGGCUUUCCAGCUCAUGCACAGGGCCUGGACGAAUGGCUUCGCGUCGGCGCUCACCAUGAGGUGUCCGGGCAAAGGCGGGACGGGGAGAGGCGUGCAAGAGGACAGCCCACGGCGCUGCGGAGGAGGUGAGAGGCUGGCAACUCACGAGGCUGAAGUUGAGGCCAAAGCGGGGAACCCAGAUGGACCUGAAAGCACGGCCCGAAGGCUCCAAACCAUGGCCCGGUUCUCCUGGUUACUGGGGCAGGUGGUGUUGGAUGACGUUACGGCGGCCCUGGGCACGCUGAGCAGAGAGCGCGACAGCGUGGCGGCGGCCUUGCGGGUGGAGCGAUGUGCGUGGUGGCAUGCUGUCAGUCAGGGGAAAAAAGCCACGCGGUCAAGCUUCCCAAGGGCCCACCGUCCCCUGUUACAGGAGACGCCGACAGCAGGGGACGGAAGCAGAAGCAGGAGGUGGCAACUGGGCAGCGAGGGCCCCCUUGGGUCUCUGCAGCUGCUCCAGGGAGACGCCCGACUGCCUGCUGGAAUGGAAGUAGGAGCGGCUGGGGAAGGCCGUUGCAGACAUGCACACCGCUUCUUCCUGGAGCCCCCCAGGGAGGAGCAGGAGGGGCCCCCAGCAGCAGGAGCCGGCCGCCCUCAGCUCCACAGAGGCUCCCCGCCCCAGGAGGGCCUCAGGGUAUGCCCGUAUGACGAGCUGGCACAGUCUGACAGGUUUUACGGGAGCCUGCCACGCCUGGUGAAGCUGGCCCUGGCCCUGGGCCGCGUGGCUACGGCCCAGUCUGAGCUGCUCUGCUACCUGGUCAUCGUCCUGAACCACACGCUCUCAGCCUCCAUCUUCUCGAUGGUUCUCCCCAUCUUGUGUUUCCUGUGGGCCAUGCUUUCGGUCCCAAGGCCUUCAAAACGAUUUUGGACGGCAGCUAUCUAUUACACGGAGGUCACUGUGGUGGUCAAAUAUUUUUCACAGUUUGGAUUCUUUCCCUGGACCACAAAGCGAUACGCUGGCAUCAGCGGGGAGAAGCCAUUUUCUCUGCCGAAUAUACUCGGGAUCGAGAAGAGGGAUGGCUACGCCCUGUGUGACCUCCUGCAGCUGCUGGCGCUGUGCUCCCACCGCUCUGCCCUCCAGGACUUAGGGCUGUGGGACCAGCCACCAACUGACCACACUCACUGCCAGGAGGAGUCCAGCAGGAAGCAGACGAGAAAAGCCGGCCAGGGGUCUCUGAGUGGUGACCACCUGGAGAGACCAGCCGAGCUCAACCCCGACUCCCGGGAGCGGCCACUGCAACCGCCAGCCCAUCACGGGGCACACAGGAGGGCCAGCUGGGCAGCAGAGCACAGAGGGGACCCUCAGGACCCCAGACCAAAGAAGAGAUGGAGCCUUCUCACCCGAAAACAGCUUAGCAGGAGGAGGCUGAGGAGACAGCUGGCCGGAGCCAGGACGCUGGCCCUUACCUGGACUCUCGAGACCUACUGUGCCAUUCGCUGCUUCUUCUUCAACCUCACCCACCCCCAGGCCAGCCCGGUGUGUGACGUGUACGCCCUCACGUUCCUGGUGGAGGUGCUCGUCUUCGCCAUCGUCCUCUUUGGGUACUGGGCUUUCGGGAAAUACUCAGCUGCCGACCUGGCCGAGUCGCUGUCGGAGGACAAGGUGCCCGAAGCCUUCUUGACGAUGGUGCUCGCCCAGUUCGGCACAAUGAUGGUGGACCGGGCCCUCUACCUGCGCAAAACCUUGGUGGGCAAGUGCGUGUUCCAGGUCCUCCUCGUCCUCGGCACCCACUGCUGGCUCUUCUUCAUCCUCCCGGGGGUCACGGAGAGGAGGUUCCAUCUCAACUCCGUGGCGCAGGCCUGGUACCUGGUGAAAUGCGUCUACUUUGGCCUGUCUGCCUACCAGAUCAAAUGCGGCUACCCGAACCGGAUCCUGGGCAAUUUCCUGACCAAGAACUUCAACCUCCUCAACCUCUUCCUGUUCAAAGGAUUCCGCAUGGUGCCUUUCCUCCUGGAGCUAAGGGCUGUGGCAGACUGGGUGUGGACGGACACCGCCCUCAGCCUGUCUAACUGGGUUUGCCUGGAGGACCUGUACGCAAACAUCUUCAUCCUGAAGUGCUGGCGAGAGUCUGAGAAGAAGUACCCGCAGCCUCCUGGGCAGAAGAAGAAGAAGACUGUGAAGUAUGGAGUCGGGGGCGUCCUCGCCUUCGCCUUGGUCUCCCUCAUGUGGUUCCCCCUGGUUUUCAUGUCUCUGUUGAAGACGGUGGGUGGCGUGACCAACCAGCCCCUGGAUGUGUCUGUGAAGGUCGCCAUCAAUGGUUACGAGACCCUGUUCUCGAUGAACGCACAGCAGCAGAACCUGGUCCCCUUCUCCGAUGCCGACUACGACCAGCUGAUCGAGCGCUAUGCCCUCCACCCUCCGGCCAUGCAGUUUCUCGUGAACUACAGGCCAGAAGACAUCGUGCUGGCCAAGGUCAAAAGCCAGGCCAGCCUGCUGUGGGGUAUCAGCCCCGCCCACCGGGCAGCGCUGGUCAGGGAGCUGGCCAACGCCUCCUCCGUCUACGCCACCGUGUCCUGGGCCAUCCGGAGGAACGUGUCUCUGGUCACCAACGUGGAAGCGGCCGGCCAGCACACGGUGUACUACACGGACGCGGGCACCCGUGAGCGGCUGGUGCACAUGCUCACCCGCGCCAGGGCAGAGCCCGUAAUGCUCCCUGGACUGAUCCCCAAAGCCCUCAGAACUACUGCGGGGACCGAAGCGAAAAUGGCCCACCGGCUGGAUGUGGCCCACUCCCACCGGCCGCAGGAGGUAGACCAGCUGGCCUUCUUCCGCAAUGCCACGGUCCGGCUGCAGCGGCUCAGGCCCAUGGACGUCCCCGAGAGCGAGGGCGAGGGCCACCCAGCAGCAGAGUGGUGGAUGGUGCAGGAGUGGCGGCCGGCCUGUGACCAGAACCGGGGCUGUGGCCGCGACCUGGAGCUGGUGAUCUACAACGACAAAGUCAGCCCACAGAGCCUGAACUUCCUGGCAGGAUAUGGCAUCGUGGGGCUGUACGUGUCAGUGGUGUUGGUGGCAGCCAAGUUCAUCCGGGAGCACUUCCUGGGCGCCUCGCGCUCGCUCAUGCAGGAGGAGCUGCCCUGCGUGGACCGCCUGCUCCGGCUCUGCUCCAGCAUCUUCCUGGUCCGCGAGCUGGGCGCCUUCGAGCUGGAGCAGCAGCUCUUUGCCAAGCUCGUCUUCCUGUACCGCUCGCCGGAAACCAUGAUCAGGUGGACCCGAGAGCGCCCCCCUGCCUCCCGCCGCCGGCCACUCCUCGACCCUGACUCUGGGGCUGCAGCGGGGCCAGGGGAGGCAAUCCUAGCAUCCUAAUGCCCUUUGGCCCUGGGGAAAGCAAGGCCAUUGGCUCACCCCAUCCCCAGCACCCGGCCAAGCCCUGAGCCUGCAGCGGGGCCUGGGGCGGAGGCUUUGUGCUCGCACCAGGGCACCUCAGCCCCUCCCCUGCUCCCUGACCUCGCAUCCUGUACUCCUGGUGGGGAAGCGGACCAUGCCGGCUGCCCUGGAGGAGGAGCCAGCGCACCUCAGUGACUUCAGCCUCCUCUGGUGUCUCAGAGGGAAGCUGAGCUGCCCGCUGCACCACCAUUAAGCAAGCUAAUGACCCUUGAAGGCUCCUGGCCCUUCGGCGAGGCCGCCUCCUCCUGCUCCAGACCCCACUGCCGUCCGAGCGUGGCAUCGGCACCCGUUUCCAG